AUGAAUUUCCUUACCUCUAGAGUCCUAUCAAUAGGACGCCAGGCCAUUGCCCAGAAGCCAGCACUCUUGACGCAACGAGCGUCUUACUCCGCGGCCGCCCCAUCUUCAGCGACCUUCAAAACACACGUCUCAUACAAGCCCAACCCUCUCCGACACCCCAUCAACCCCAAUAGGAAGAACAAGAUUCCAUACAAGGAUCGUCAACUCAAGCAACCAUUCGUUCCUCCAGCAGCAAUCAAAAACAUCGACAAGCUCGGCGCGACCCUUCGCUACGUUGUUCGACGGACGCCAUCCUCCCAACUACCUGUAUACCGCAAGUGGAUGUCUGGUGGCAACCGCAUGAUCGUUAUCAUUAAAAAGAUUGAUGGAGACCGCUCCAAGUUUAUCCAGGACUUGGCUAGGGAUUUGGAGAUUAAACCAGUGGACAUUCGAUUAAACCCUACAACACAACACGUGGAGAUCAAGGGUCAUGUCUACGAUAAAGCAGUUGAGUGGAUCCUGAAGACUGGCUUCUGA